UGACAGCUGUGGGGAAACUCGUAUGCACCUCAAGGAAUUACAAAUAAUGAAAAUGUCCCCUGUAACCUUAAAUGGUUUGGAAAUAAUAUAGGCAGAUGACGUAGCCUGCUAGACAAAGCAUUAUAAGUGUCUCGUUGGGGAAAUGGCAUGUUUAUUUCUUUAUUACGUAUUGUUGAAACCUAUGUUUUAGGGUAAAGUUAGCAUUUACAGUGCAUUUUAAGUGAGCGUUGAUUUAAGAGUAAAAAUAAAGACGAGCGGUUUGGAGAGAUGAAGCUGAGGGAGUUCGUCCCUCCAGACGUUAUUAGGCUACAUGGAGGCGCACUUCCGUCCCGCAUAAUUCGGUUUAGGGGAGCAGGUGCAGGGAAAGGUACUAAAGCAUCAUCUCAGAUAAAGCAAUACAUUUUAUUUCACCGUAGCCUUGAAUUUCUAUACACAAGUACCGGGUCGGAAGAUGGUAGCAAAACAACGAAUCCGAAUGGCAAACGAGAAGCACAGUAAAAACAUCACUCAGAGGGGUAACGUGGCGAAGACACUGAGACCACAAGAAGAGAAAUAUCCGGUGGGGCCAUGGCUUUUGGCACUUUUUGUAUUUGUUGUUUGUGGAUCAGCUAUCUUUCAGAUCAUUCAAAGCAUUCGAAUGGGAAUGUGAAUCCCAGAAUUCUUCAUAUACUGUAUCCUGGAUUACAUUUGAAUGAGAUUUAUGGGGGUUCGGAUACAAUCUGACAGGGGAUCUGGAUGGUUCAAAUAUUCAUUGUGGGUCAUGUAUGCCAAGGAUCUUGAUCUACUAUGUGUUCAAUAGUACAUGACAUUGUCCCACAUGUUUACAGUGUGCCUGGGAACAAAUACUUUUCUACAAUUGUUGUCGUUGUUGAUUCCACACAUCAUUCGCUUUGAUCAUAUGUGAUCACCGUUAUUUAUUUAUUUAACUGUGUUUGCGUGAACAUUUUAAAAUAAACGUCAAACACAUUUUU